GCUUCGUUUUUGAAUUAUAUUAAGCGGCCGAUUCGCGUUCGUCAUUCAAGAGGUUGACUCAAGCGGCACGACUCUUGUCCAUCAUGGUUGCGCAGACGAUACAGUUCAGUCAAUUACUUCAACAGAUACUUGCGAUACCUCAGAAGCAAAUAUCAGGAAAAGGCAAAGGAAAAGCCAGAACCGUUGGUUUGGCAGAUCAGCUUGCGUCCACUACUCCUUCCAGUUCGACUAGUACCAAGCAACAUUCCGUUGAAGCAUUUCUAAAGGCCAUAGAAAACUAUAACCCAAGCACAGAUUUAUCCACAACAAAAUUUGGCCAGGAUGUCGAGUUCUACCCGCCACCGCCCAACAUUCUCCCAUUACUGUUAAAAGACACCACCGAGGUGUCAGUAACCACAACGCACCAAGAACCCAAAGUCAACGUUCCAGUGGCCGUCUACGAUCGCGAUUGGCUUCUUCAGAAAUGCCAUCAACAUAUAGCCAAUGGCCAUACAGAGGGACUGAAUGCGCAGCAAUUGUGUGUGGAUUUAUUUACCAUUCUUAGAUCGAAUGAUAACGAUGAUACGAUCCAGGCAACGCUGGUUGAUUUACUUGGAUUUGAAGCGCUGGAACUCAUUACAGAACUCAUUAUUCAUCGAUCAGCCAUUGUCCAGAAUGUCAUGAAAAUGUCGGAAGCGAAACCUCAGGAAAAGGCGACCAAGACCGUACCGCAUGAACCAAAACAACCUAUUUACGGCACACAGUUCAUAGUGCAGUCGGAAGCAGAGAGACGCGAAUUGAAGCAAAUGAGAAAAGAACAGAAAAAGGCCAUGAAAGCACAAGCCAAAAAUGCCGAAGAAGACGAAAAUGCUUAUUCCAUGAGCCUUCUUGGCUUGGAUUCUAACGAUCUACGAAAAGCACGAGAAGAUGCUUUAAUAGCUGCGAGUCAAGCACCGUUAUUUAGUUCUAAUGUCAAGACCAUGCAACAAGAAACAUAUCCUCACGUAUAUCAAUCUGGGAAACCAGGUGGUGUGUUAUCAUUGUUUGGCACACGAUAUGCAUUACCGGCGGGAACACGACGGGAAGAGUACAAUGAUUAUGACGAAACCAUCAUUCCUGUACCGCAACAAGCUCCUAUCCGUGCGGGCGAACGUCGCAUCAAGAUUGAAGAACUGGAUAAUCUUGCCCGAGGUGCCUUUUGUGCAUACGAGAGUUUGAAUCGAAUCCAGUCCAUUGUUUACCCUGUGGCUUACGAGACCAAUGAAAAUAUGCUUGUAUGCGCUCCCACCGGUGCUGGUAAAACGGAUGUGGCCAUGUUGACGGUCUUGCGAUGCUUGUCUCAGUUCUGCCAUCCACCACCAGCCAAAGGAAUGACCGAUAUCAACUUUACGAUUGCCAAGAACGAUUUCAAGAUUGUCUAUGUGGCGCCAAUGAAAGCACUGGCAGCGGAAGUGGUGGAAAAAAUGGGCAAGCGAUUGAAAUUCCUCGGUAUCAGUGUGAAAGAACUCACGGGUGAUAUGCAAUUAACAAAGAGUGAAAUCAUGGCAACCCAAUUCAUUGUGACCACUCCCGAGAAAUGGGAUGUUAUCACUCGAAAAGGCACUGGCGAUGUCGAAUUAACUCAGAAAGUAAAACUUCUCAUCAUUGAUGAAGUCCAUCUUUUGCACGAAGAUCGUGGUGCUGUCAUUGAGAGUAUCAUUGCUAGAACCCUAAGACAGGUCGAAUCAAGCCAAUCGCUCAUCCGUAUUGUCGGUCUUUCUGCUACACUUCCUAAUUACUUGGAUGUGGCCGCCUUUUUGAGAGUGAAUCCGUAUCAGGGUCUGUUUUUCUUUGACAGCGGAUUUCGACCUGUGCCAUUGGAACAGCAUUUCUUGGGCAUCAAGGGCAAGCCCAAUUCAGUGGUCUCCAAAGAACGCAUGAAUCGGGCUUGUUUCGACAAGGUCUCCGAGCUGGUGCGAGAAGGCCAUCAGGUCAUGGUAUUUGUUCACGCACGUAAAGAAACCGUGAAAACAGCUCAACACCUGAAAGAAGAAAUGCUCAAUGAAGGCAUGGGUGACUUUUUCGACUGCUCCGACGCUACCAAGUAUAGCCAACAUAAGAAGGAUAUCACCAAAUCAAGAAACAAGGAAAUGAAAGAAUUGUUUCAAUAUGGUUUUGGUAUCCAUCAUGCCGGUAUGCUUCGAUCAGAUAGAACAUUGACCGAAAGAAUGUUUGCCGAUGGGGCUCUCAAGGUGCUGUGCUGUACGGCGACACUAGCUUGGGGUGUCAAUUUGCCAGCUUAUGCCGUAGUCAUUAAAGGAACUCAAGUCUAUGAUGCACAAAAAGGUAGCUUUGUUGACCUUUCCAUCCUUGAUGUCCUGCAGAUUUUCGGUCGUGCCGGUCGUCCUCAGUAUGAAAGCCAAGGUGUGGGCUAUAUUUUGACAACACAAGAUCGGUUAUCCCACUAUGUUUCUGCCAUCACGCAACAACAUCCCAUUGAAUCCAAAUUUAUCGAAAACAUUGUGGAUAAUCUGAAUGCUGAAAUCGCCUUGGGCACCGUUACCAAUGUGGAUGAAGCAGUAACCUGGCUCAGUUAUACCUACCUAUAUGUCCGCAUGAAGAAGAAUCCAAUGGUGUAUGGUAUGGAUCACAGUGAGCCUGUAGAAGAUCCAUUACUGGGUCGUAAGCGACACGAUAUCGUGGUCACGGCGGCGCGUCGCUUGGCCCAAUGCCAAAUGAUUAUCUUUGAUGAAAAGACGGGCUAUUUGACCGCCAAAGACUUGGGACGCAUUGCUUCCAACUUUUACAUCAAGCAUACAAGUAUCGAACUGUUCAACCAAAUGAUGAAACCUCGCAUGACCGAAGCCGAUGUCCUGUCCAUGCUCAGUUUGAGUUCCGAAUUCGACAAUAUCAAAUCGCGUGAUACCGAACAUAAAGAACUCAAAGGAUUGUUCGACAACUCUUGUGCCUGCGAUAUUCGUGGUGGACCUGACAGUACCCAUGGCAAAGUUAAUAUUCUGUUGCAAGCGUAUAUUUCCAAUGCUUAUAUCGAUGAUUUUGCCUUGGUGUCUGAUUGUGCGUAUGUGGCUCAAAAUGCAGGUCGUAUUGCUCGAUCGUUGUUUGAGAUUGCUCUCAACCGGAAUUGGGGUCCCACAGCGGCAGUCCUGCUGUCGAUUAACAAGGCGGUGGAAAAGCGGAUUUGGACUUUCCAGCAUCCUUUGCAGCAAAUGGGCUUACCCAAAGAUAUCAUGCACAAGCUCGAAAGCCGAACGCACGACGUUUCCAUCGAAGAGAUGCGCGACAUGGAUCCCGCUGAACUUGGUGAACUCGUGCAUCAUCAGCGUAUGGGGUUGACCAUUGCCAAGUGUGUGGACCAGUUCCCGAUGUUGUUGUUGGAUGCUCGUAUCGCUCCUAUCACACGCAAUGUGCUCAAUGUGGAAUUGAGUAUUACACCGGACUUUGUUUGGAACGAACGCAUUCACGGAUCUGUGGAACCUUGGUGGAUCUGGGCCGAGGAUUCGGAUAACGUUGAAAUUUAUUAUUCAGAAUAUUUCUUACUGCAAAAGAAGCAGUUUGGCGAAACAAUUACCAUUGGAUUCACGGUACCGCUGGUGGAACCUUUACCUGCCCAGAUAUACAUCCGCGCCGUGUCCGACCGUUGGUUGGGCGCUGAAACAGUGCUACCGGUAUCCUUCCAGCAUCUCAUCCUUCCUCAACUGUAUCCGCCUCAUACCGAUCUAUUGGAUUUGCAACCGUUGCCUGUCACUGCUUUGCAUAACGAAACCUUGGAAACCAUCUGUGCCCAGCGAUUUAGUCACUUUAACCCGGUCCAAACCCAAAUCUUCCAUACCUUGUAUAACACGUCUCAUAAUUCCCUCGUCGGUGCGCCCACAGGUUCAGGCAAAACCAUUGCCGCUGAAUUGGUCAUGUGGGCCGCGUUUCGCGAUCAUCCGGGAUCCAAGGUAGUUUACAUUGCUCCGAUGAAGGCGCUGGUCAAGGAGCGUGUGGGUGAUUGGAACAAGCGAUUGACGGGUCCGAUGAAGAAGAAACUGGUAGAAUUGACGGGUGAUGUGACUCCCGACUUGAAAACGAUUGAAGCGGCCGACAUCAUUAUUACGACGCCUGAAAAAUGGGACGGUAUUAGUCGUAGCUGGAAGAGUCGUAACUAUGUGCAAAAAGUGUCGUGUGUGAUUAUUGAUGAAAUCCAUUUGCUCGGCGGCGAUCGUGGUCCCAUCUUGGAAGUCAUUGUAUCGCGUAUGAAUUACAUUGGAUCGCAACUUGAACGCAAAGUACGCAUUGUCGGCUUAUCGACGGCGUUGGCGAAUGCUGUCGAUUUAGCCCACUGGCUGGGCAUUGAAAAGAUUGGGCUCUUCAACUUUAGACAUUCAGUACGUCCGGUUCCGUUGGAGAUUUAUAUUGACGGGUUUCCUGGAAAACACUACUGUCCUCGCAUGGCUACGAUGAAUAAACCGACGUACGCCGCGAUCAAGACUCAUUCUCCUACCCAACCCGUAAUCGUGUUUGUUUCAUCACGUCGUCAAACGCGUCUCACCGCUCAAGAUCUAAUCGCUUACUGCGGUAUGGAAGACAACCCUCGUCAAUGGCUCAAUAUGAACGACAUGGAACUGGAAAUGCUGUUGGACCGUGUUCACGACGAAUCUCUCAAAAUGUCGCUUGCGUUUGGUAUCGGAUUGCAUCAUGCUGGUUUGACGGAAGACGACCGAAAGAUUGUGGAAGAACUGUACCUGAAUCUCAAGAUCCAAAUUCUCAUUGCUACCAGUACACUUGCUUGGGGCGUCAAUUUACCGGCGCAUCUUGUGGUGGUCAAGGGAACCGAGUUUUACAACUACAAAGUCGGUCGGUAUGUGGAUUAUCCGAUUACCGAUGUGUUGCAGAUGAUGGGUCGUGCCGGUCGUCCCCAGUUCGACAAUACCGGUAUUGCGCGCGUGUUUGUGCAAGACAGUAAAAAGAACUUUUUCAAAAAGUUCUUGCACGAACCGUUCCCGGUGGAAUCCAGCUUGCAUAAAUAUAUGGAUGACCAUAUCAAUGCAGAAAUCGUGGGUGGCACGAUUACGAGCAAACAAGAUGCGUUGGAUUACUUGACGUGGACAUAUUUCUAUCGCCGUCUUCAGCAGAAUCCAACUUAUUAUGGCUUGGACGAUCUCACACAGAGAGGUGUGGAUACUUUCUUAUCGACGAUGAUUAGUGACGUGGCCAAGCGGUUGGAGGAAUCAGGAUGUGUCGAACUGGUGGAUGAUUUUGCCUUGGAGCCCACGAUUUCCGGUCGCAUUGCUUCGUACUAUUACUUGCGACAUCAGACGGUGCGUCACAUGCGACAGAGUAUUCAAAAAGAUUCAGGCAUGGAUGAUAUCCUGGCCAUUUUGGGUGAUGUUCCUGAAUAUGACGAGUUACCGGCACGAUGCAACGAAGACUUGCUCAAUCAGGAAAUCGAAAAGCAUAUCCCCUUCAAGGUGGAAGGAGGACGUAACUUUAUUUCUCCUCACGUCAAAGCGUAUGUGCUGGUGCAAGCGCAUAUUGGUCGAUUGGAACUCCCGAUCACCGAUUACAUUACCGAUCAGAUCACCGUACUGGAUUCGGCUAUCCGUUUUUGCCAGGCCAUGAUUGAUGUAGGCGCCGACGCUGGCUACCUAUCGACCUGUCUGACGAUCAUGAACACACUGCAAUGUAUCAAGCAAGCCCGCUGGUUGGAUGAGUCCACUCUCUUGACACUACCCAAAAUUCAACCAAAAAUGAUUGAUCACAUUCGACACAAGGGUAAACCGAUCUCGUGUUUGGCAGAAUUGACCGCCUUUUCAGACAAUCAAAUCAAGAGUAUCUUUGAAAAAGUACGCGGUCUAAGUGCGGACGAUGUCAAUGAGAUCCGACGCGUCAUGACCCGAUUACCUGUGAUUGAUAUUAUUGCGCAAGUGGAUUCCAAAAAGACAUACUUGAUACCUGAAACGGACUACAAGUUGCAAGUGCAGCUGAAGCGACAAGUACGCGGCGAUCCGAAACGACCGCAUGAUGGCCGUAUUUACGCACCGUUUUUCCCGAAACCGCAAUACGAAUCGUGGUGGCUCAUUCUCGGCGAUCCUGCGACAGAUGAAUUACUGGCACUGAAACGCGUGAGCAUGCGCAACGGUCCCAACGAAACGUUAUCCAACAAGGCCACUACACACAUUACCUUUGAAACACCAGCUCACCUAGGUAAACACAACUACACGCUUUAUCUCAUCAGCGAUGGUUAUUUGGGUCUGGAUCAGCAGGUGGACAUUGAAUUCGAAACACGGGUCGAUCUAGACUUUUAAAGCUAUUGUUUCCUCUGUAUCAUAAAUAAAAAAUAAAACAUGGAAACGAUCAAACCGAAAUGGAUAGCAUGUGUAAUUACAUAAGUGUACACGUAAUUCUAUAUUUUUUUCAGUGGCAUAUACAAAGAUCUUCAAAUGGAUGAAGUGUGAAAGAACAAUAAUGAAAAAAAAAGAAUACGAAGAAAGAGAACUUGAAACAUGGAAAGGUAUGACAUACAGAAGGAGGAAUCAGUAGUAGUUGAAGGAUGCGGGGGAAGAAAAAAGAAAAAAGAAUAUGGACGAGAGGGGGAUAACUGAAAGUAGCAUGCAAUAGAAACAAGAAAAAAAGGAAAUAAUAGUUUCAUAAGCGAUAUGAAAGAGAACGAAAGGGUCGAAAAAAAAGUACUUUUUUUUUUCACAAGAGGGAAU